AUGUCGUCGACAUUAGUCACAGGAUCAUCAAGUCAGUUGACCGACACAAAAUUUUCCGACGUUAUUCCUUCCGUCGCCGUGAUCGAUACGCCUCUAUCCAAAAGCAUCGCCCUCCUUCGACCGGGUCUCAUACUGGGACUCCUCGCCCUACGUUUCAAUUCUCUCGUCGCUGAUCCCGUGCCGACUCUCCAGCUUGCGCUCCCUGCUGUCGCCUUGGUCCAGACUGUAUAUGCGAUUAUUUGUCUUCCCGUUGCUGGCUCUCAAUCCGCCAAGGUUGUGAGGAAGCCUCGUCCCGGGGAGAAGAAGAAGGCUGACAUAAAUGGACCAAACACCAUCUCGACAGCUAUCCUCGCUUUACUCCUAAGCGCAAUCGCCACCCCGGCUGUGUACAUUCUCUUUGUUCUAUUUGGCGCUCCUUUUCUCGAUCACGUCGAACACACGCUUCUCUGCUCUGCACACUUCUCGUUGCUCGCUCUCUUCCCUAUAUUCUACUCGAGGGGUGUAAAGGCCGAAACCCUUGUCGCGGUGGCCGGUGCUUCAGCGCCUCUGGACGAAACAUUUGGAGGACUGGUUGGUGCUGCAGCUGGGGCAUGGCUUGGAGCAGUUCCCAUUCCACUGGACUGGGAUAGAGAGUGGCAGAAAUGGCCAGUCACGAUUGUGGUCGGCAUGUUUGCAGGCUCAUUGCUGUGCAGCUCGGUGUCGGGGACGUUGCUCUUUGGCAAACGGUUGAGCAGCAAUGAAGAAAAGAACGAGUAA